AUGAGAGCGGACGGGGACGACGACGGCAAGACCUCGGCGUUCCGGUGCCUGGACGCGGCGCGGUACACGGUGGCGGCCGUGGUAACCGUGCUCAUCGUCGCCGUCGUCGUCACCUCCCUGAAGGUGGUGCUCCGUCCGGAGUCCCUGCGCCUCUCCGUCGUCGACGGCGUGGUGUACUCCACUCCGCUGCCGGCGAGCGAGGCGGUGACCCUGCAGCUCAACCUCCGGGCCGAGAACCCCAGCGGCCGCGCCCGGAUGUACUUCCUCAACGUCACCGCGUACCUCUUCGACGGCGCGACGCCGGCGUCGACGCCGACGCCCGACGAGGACUGCAUCAUCUUCUUCAACCCGACCGACGGGGCCGUGCGGCAGGAGAUGGCGGUGGACUUGAUGACGAGCGUGGAGGCGACGAACGACCCUGGCGUCAUGAACCAGACCUACUUCGAGCUGCUGUAUGCGGAUGGCCGCGUCAUCGGCGACAUGACGCUACGGGUGGACGGCAGCCUCGUGACGGAGGUGAGCUCCGGGUUCAACAUGACCCGUCUGCAGGUCACCUACUACUGCCGGCCGCUCCUCGUCGGCGGGAGCAAAGGUGGCAAGGUCUCCAUGGGCAGGAAGGACGUGCUCUGCACGGAUAACCUGGGCAGUCAAUGA